GGCAGGCCACAGGACUGCUGCCCUGCCUGCCUUCCUGACUGUCUAUCCUCACACAGGACUCACCCAUGUCCACGAAUAAAGAAAGACGCAGGUGGGUGCAGCUCGACCUGCUUUCCUCUAAAUUUUCACCUUUUUACUCUCCCUGUCUCGCCCCACUGAAGAGAGAGUAAGGAAGAGAAGCUGUAUUUGUUUUCUUUCUGGGGUUUAUUCUGCUCUUCCCUGCUGAAUGUGGCUUGAGGAUAUUUCCAAAUCAGGAAACUUCCACCACUGAAUGCAGCAUGACGUCCGACGAGUCGUAUAAUUAUGUCUACAAAGUGGUCUUGAUAGGGGAGUCCGGUGUAGGAAAGAGCAACCUUCUGUCUCGCUUUACCAAAAAUGAGUUCAGUCGCGACAGCCGCACCACCAUCGGUGUCGAGUUCAGCACGCGGACUGUCCAGAUGAACAAUUUCACCAUCAAAGCCCAAAUCUGGGACACGGCAGGGCUGGAGCGGUACAGGGCCAUCACCUCAGCGUAUUACAGGGGAGCAGUCGGAGCCUUGUUAGUCUAUGACAUCACAAAGCACCUGUCCUACGAGAGCACGGAGCGAUGGUUAAAAGAGCUGCUGGAACAUGGAGACCCUCACAUUGUUGUCAUGCUGGUGGGAAAUAAGAAAGACCUGGAGAGCCUCAGGACUGUGCCAACAGAGGAGGCUAAGGACUUUGCAGAGAAGAGAGGUCUUAUGUUUAUGGAGACGUCAGCGUUGGAUUCCACCAACGUCGAAGAGGCGUUCAAUGAAAUCCUCACAGUGAUCCAUAAGAAAGUGAACAGCAGAGAGGUGACCCGAGGCUCCAUCUGUGCUGUAACUAUAACCAACCCCAUCGGACCCAUCGGGGAGGCACAGGAGAGCAGGGGCUGCUGUAAGAGCUCCUAGCACACAUCUGCUCUGUGCACCCAACCUGACUGUCAUGACAUCAUUCACACUCCGUAUGAAGAGUGAGUUAACCAAACCUCUCAAAAUGUAGAAGAUGUAAAGUAUAUAAAUGAAAAACAAUAAAUGAAUAUUGAGAAAUUCUAUAUUUGACACAAUUCUGUUGGUGGCUAAUAAACACUUUUUUACUUAGUA